AUGUCGUCUCCGGAAUCCGACAAGAAUUCCCUCCAGGGUGAUGCGAAGACCCCAGAAGAGAUCAACCAUGAAGUCGGCGAGAUUUUAUCGGAAAUAUAUAUCGACCCUGAGAAAGAGGCAGCUGUGUUGAAGAAAUUUGAUAAAUUUGUCCUUCCGGUCUCGGUUGUCUUCCUGGUUCUAUCCUCAUUGGACCAGAACAAUAUGGGUAAUGCUAGAGUAUUUGGCUUUGAUAAAGAUAUCGGACUCAAGGAUGGUCAAUUUGGCAAUAUCACACUGCUGGCCAAUGUUUGCACCAUCGUUUUCGAAGUGCCCUGGGUUUUAGCUGUCAAGCGUUUCGGUGCUAAUAAGCCUCUGGGAACAGCAUUGAUCCUAUGGAGCUUCUGCACCCUUGGAACCGCUUUUAUCCAAACCUACCACCAAGCUAUAGCCGUUCGUAUGCUAUUGAAUUCUUUUGAAGCAGGUCUUGCUCAAAGCUUCGCCUACCUUUUUUCUACUAUCUACCCCCCAAGCUUGAUAGGAAAGCGGAUCAUGUCGACCAAUCUUGCAAUGUGUAUCUCAGGUGCCUUUGGUGGGCUUUUUGCAUAUGCUGUGCAGACCAUGGGAACUCAACGUGGUCUCGCAGCCUGGAGAUGGUUGUUUAUCGUUGAAUUCUGUGUUACGAUUUUUGUUGGCGCUCUCGGCUUACUUUGUCUCCCGAAAACAGCUGAAACAGCGUGGUUUUUGAAUGACGAGGAAAAAGAAAUUAUGCGUCUCAAGAGAGAUCGAGACUUUUUGCGCAGGGGAGAAGAGAAAUUCGAACGAAGGUGGAUCAAGAUCGCUCUCACAGACCCUUUUGUCUACCUUCUUGGUAUCGCUUUCUUUACCUCAUCGGUUUCCAUCAACGGAUUCAACGUUUUUCUACCCACUAUUCUUUCUGGGCUUGGAUUCCCUUCUCUUUCGGUCAACUAUCUAACUAUCCCAGUUUACGUUCUUGGCCUGAUAUCACUUGUUAUUCAGGUGUACUUUUCUGACAGAAUCAGCCGACGGGGUGUUUUUAUCAUCGGAUGCUGUGUUCCAGUCGUAAUUGGAUAUCUUAUCUGUGUCGGUUCAGCAAGUGGUGCUGCUGGUUAUGCAGGAAUGUUCAUUCUCGUCUUAGGACUCUAUCCAAUUUCUACCCUUGCUGUAACAUGGAUAUCUAUCAAUCUCCAGCCAGAUUCCAAGCGCGCAAUUGGAAUGCCUAUCGCAUAUUCUAUUGCAAAUCUAUCUUCACUGGUUUCUUCCCAACUAUACCCCAGUCAGCAGGGCCCAAGGUAUAUAAUUGGCAACGCUGUCUCUGCUGGUUUGACAGUGGUUGCUGGAUUUCUGUAUGCCUCAUGCUGGGUUCUUCUCAAACGCAGAAAUCAAAAGAAGGCGAAGCUUCUUGCCGAGGGAGCGACUACAAAUGGGCUUGAAGGCGAUAUGAGCCUUGACACCAUGUACAGCCUUUGA